UUCAUCUGCUAAUGCAAUACUACAGAUUUAAUAAAAGUAAAAUGAAAGUGAAACGACGUUGCUAACCUUAUAGUACGUUGCAAUUAAACUUCCAGUGUGAAGAGCUUUGAAGGAAACUUUGAGUUUUAUUGUAUUUUAACAUUGUCAUGUAAUCUUGGUUUCUUUCUUCUUCAUGAAUUUCUUCAGCUACCUUUCCUUUUAGGUGUAAUUAUUUACCUACAUGUUUAUAUAUUUUAGUCAAAUUCUAGCGACCACUCGUUUAAGAAGCACAGAAACAUGGUUCAAGGAACAAGAAAAUUGAACUGUUCAGCACAAGUUCACAUGAGAGAAUACAUCAGAUUUCCAGACUUUAGGAUUAAAGAGCAAACGGUUUGGCGACAAAAAUCGAUGUCGAAAAAACUUAGGGAAUGCUUACAAAAAGGUGGAAAUGCCAAUGGAGAAAGGUGGAUCCAUAUCCAGUUGCCUUGCCUAUCUGAGCACAAAACUCACCCUAUAGGAAGCGCUGGAGGUCUUCAUCAAGGAAUUGAUAAGAUGCUUGUUUCCAAGAUCCAAGAAUUGGUUGUUGCUGGGGCUUGCUCAGUUAAAGAAGUUAGGAGGCAUCUUAAAAUCUACGUGGAGCAAGACCGCCACAUUUACAAGGCAGUCAUCAAAGAAAGAUUUUCAAAAUUUGAGCAAGAAAAUCAUCAAAAGAAAAUCGAAGACUGGAAACUGAGGUGUCCCGACGAGUCUUUCUUCUUUCGCCCGCUUGCUAAAUAUUCAGCAGAGUCUUUGAUUACUCAAGAAAAUAGUGUUGAUAACGAAGAAGACGACGAUGACGACGAUGAUGAUGACAACACAGUUUUGCCAGAGUCAAAAAAUGGAUUGUUAUUCAUUCACCAGACUGUUAAUCAGAAACGUCUUCUAAAGAGAUAUGGUAACGAACUUACCCUUCUAGAUGCCACUUACAAAACGACAAAAUACAGCCUCGCUUUGUUUUUUCUUGUGGUAAAAACCAAUGUAAGCUAUCAAGUCGUUGGUUCUUUUGUCCUGCAAAGUGAAACAUCGUACGCUAUUGCGGAGGCUCUUCAAGUUAUAAGAGGUUGGAACAACGAGUGGAAUCCAGCGUAUUUUAUGGUAGAUUACUCUGAAGAGGAAAUGUCGGCGAUAAACCGAGUAUUCCCAGAAUGUCAGACGUACAUCUGCGAUUUCCAUCGAGAGCAAGCGUGGGAGCGAUGGCUUUCAAAAAGCAGCAACGGACUGUUCCCGUUAAAAAAUAUGAUUCUUGCAAAACUUCGAUUAAUUGCCAGAGCGAGGACGGAGGCUGAUAACGAGGAAAAUGUUAAAAAUUUUAAGUCAUCAAAAGAAUGGAAGACAAACCCAAAACUGCGCAACUGGAUUGGCAAUACAUGGUUAUCCCAAUACAAGGCAAGAGAAUUUUAUAAUUUGCUAAUAAUAUCAUUCUUACAGUGCUCAUCAAUAAUUACAAUACAUGUUGAUUUCGUUAAUUUUCUCCCGCGGACAAAAUUUAUAGAAAUGGGUGUGGACCUUUCAAAAAGAUCGACUGCUAACAGUCAUAAACACAAAUAAUGGCGUGGAAAGGCAAAACAAAGCUUUCAAGCAUGAAUAUUUGGAUGGUUACAAGAAUUCAACGUUGAGCGUCAUGCUGACAGUGCUAAUUGAAGACUUUUUGC